UUUAAUUGUUGUCUGCUUCCUCGCCGGGAGUCAGUGGUCCCGCGCGCCGACCACACCACUGGACCGUUAACAACACUGCAGAUGCACGAGACUGCUUUCUUUCCCUACCUUCAUUUUCCAUUUGGUAUUUUUAUUUCGUUUUAAGGGGGAUUGCAUUGACUUUGUUGACUUGUUUGGGGGUUACAGCUACUUUGCCUCCUCAAGGUCCUUCUGAGUGGAGGGUGUCUGUCCAUACCCUCCAGGUUCUGAGUGUGUGGGUUCCACCAGCUGACCGGUCACUAUGGGGAUCAAGGCAGCCCUGCCCAGAUAUGAGCUGUACUUCUAUAACACAGUGGUCUAUCUGGGCUUGUUGUGGGCUGCCAGCUGGAUCUUUGAUGUGUCCAGCUCGAACGCAAACAGAAAGUCGUUCAAGUCCAGCGUGACCCCAGGAUGGUACUACUUCGGCAGGAGGAUGGAUACGGCUGACUUUGAGUGGGUGAUGUGGUUCUCCACGUUCCGGGACCACAUCCUCUUCGCCCUGUCUGGUCAUGUGAUCUUCGCUAAGAUCUGCUCCAUGCUGGCUCCACAGCAUAGGAGCCUGAUGUACCUGUGUUAUGGUACCCUGGCGGUGCUGGUCACUAUGGGUUGGACCUACACCACUCUGAUCCUGUCCCACUGUGUGCUGCUCUACAGUAUCUCUCUGGUUAAACUGCGCUGGCUCUGCUUCCUAGCUGGACUCACCACCCUGUCCACAUUCAAGAUGGAACCAUUCAUAUCCUGGCAGGCUGGUUUUGUGACGGGGGAUUUUGAGCUCCGUUCUGUCCUGUUCUACGGCGGUUGUGGGUUCACCAUCAUGCGCUGUAUGAGUUUUGCUCUGGAGAACUGUGAGAAGAAAGAAGGAAACUACAGCAUCCUGGAACUCCUCAAGUACAACUUCUACCUGCCCUUCUUCUACUUCGGACCAAUUAUGACCUUCGACAAGUUCUAUGCUCAGGCCAACAAGGCUGACCUGACCCGUCAGGAGGGGGCGAUAUGGAACAUAUCUCUGCAGGGACUCAUUCACCUGGGGGCCAUAUUAACAGUGGACAUCCUCUUCCACUUCCUGUACAUCCUGAGCAUCCCCACGGACAUGAAGCUGCUCAAACACAUGUCUGACUGGGCUGUAGUUGGUCUGUCCUACUGUAACCUGGUGUAUGACUGGGUCUCUGGCAGCGGUGAUGUUGCUGUCAACACUGUGUCUAGACUGGAUCAUCUGGACCCUCCUCAACCUCCAAAAUGUCUCACAAUGUAUGUCUUCCCUCAUAGACACUUUGACAGAGGAAUAAAUGACUGGCUGUGCAAGUAUGUGUAUAACUACCUGGGAGGGAAGCAUGACACUGUGUGGGAUGAGGCCAUUGCUACGCUGUGUACUUUUGGCAUCACUGUGCUGUGGCUGGGACCCUGUCAGGUGGUGUUCAUCUGGGCCUUCUUCAACUGCUUCGGACUCAACUUCGAGCUCUGGACUGCCAAGUUCGUCUGCAUGGAACCCUUUGCUUCUCUAGAGAUGGCGAUGUCUCCUGCCAUGUCUCGUAGGAUCAGAGCUGUGUUCAACACCUUUAACUUCUGGACCAUCGUCCUCUACAACAUCAUCGCUCUCAACAGCCUGGAGUUCACUAAGCUGGUCGCCAGGAGACUGCUGCUUAAAGGCUUCCCCAUCACCACCAUCACUGUCUUCAUAGUGACCUAUUGUCUUGUCCAGCUCAUCAAGGAGAGAGAGAGAAGACAGGCUCUGAUCGAUGACCCCGACCCCAUCCCUCCCCCGCCCCGUUCCUCCCCCGCCCCCGCCCACGCCCCCGCCCCCGCCCCCGCCCCCACAACAGUCACGUCCACAGCCCCCAUUCAGCUGGUGGUGGACCCCAGCAAGGAGAAAGCAGAGUAGUGAUUGAAGGGUGACAGUGUCUGUCAAAGUCCCAAAUGUCUUUAUGAGUCAUGGUUUCCUCUGUGUCAUCAUGGAGAUGUCGAGGCUACAGUUAAUCGACCAGGUAUAUUUAGAAGUUCUUCAUAGCAAUAAAAUCUAUUGAGCAGCAAUAUCUAUCUACUGUAAUAUCGACAAAGAGCAAUAUCUAAGAUUUCUACUCAGUCUACUGCCUAAAACACCCUGAGAGUGCUGUCAUCAACAUAGAUUUUCUACAAUGUUUUCAUCAGAAGUUGUGUUUCAUUGCUAAUCAUGUAAAACUGCCUUUAUUGUAAUUAAAUCCUCUAAGUGGUGCUCAAA